UUAGCCCUGAGAGGGAAGAAUCGGCUGGCUCCUGGAGAUAGACCUGAGCACACAGAGCCUCCCACACCUUCAGAUCGGCACCUUUGCCCAGGAGCCUCCUCCAGCUAGCCUUCCUUCCCAGUCCGCUAUGGCCACUUCCAACAGCAGCGCAGGCAUCCGGUGGUCGAGACAGGAGACACGGACGCUUCUCUCCAUACUAGGUGAGGCAGAGUAUAUUCAGCGCCUCCAGACCGUGCAUCACAAUGCAGACGUCUACCAGGCUGUGUCUAAGCGGAUGCAGCAGGAAGGCUUCCGCCGCACCGAGCGUCAGUGCCGCUCCAAGUUCAAAGUCCUGAAGGCAUUAUAUUUAAAGGCCUAUGUGGCCCACGCCACAAGUACGGGUGAUCCACCACACUGUCCCUUUUAUGAUACGUUGGAUCAGCUUCUCCGAAAUCAGUUAGUGACUGACGCAGACAACUUAAUGGAGGAUGCUGCUUGGACCCAGCACUGUGAUCAGAGCUCAGCGGCCCCUGACACCCCAGGGGAAGAGGGGGUCAGCACUCUGGGAGCGAAAAGGACUCAGGCAGCAGAUCAUCAGCCUAUCGUGAAAACAGUUAAGGAAGCAGACGAGGAUUGUCAGCUGAGGAUCAGUGACCAGACGCGAGAAGCCAGUGACCUUGAGGACUCCUGGGAUGAAUCCUCGGGUGCAGGGUGCUCUCAAGGGACCCCCAGCUAUAGCAGCUCCCACCACCUUUUCAGAGGUGCAGCUGCUCCCUGUCAGAGCAGCCCUGUGACCAGACUGGGGGUGUCCGGUGAGCCCAGCCCCUGCACCAGCGCCGGCCGAAACACUCCCGGGGUGGCCUCGGCACAGCGGCCUCCAGGCUCCUCCUCCAGAGUUCCUUUUGUUUCUGGUGGGGAUGGGCCUUUGACCAGUGAGCCGCCUCCCAGGUGGGCAAGGCGAAGAAGGCGUUCCGUGGCCAGGACUAUCGCAGCCGAGUUGGCAGAAAACAGGAGAUUGGCACGAGAACUUUCAAAGCGGGAGGAGGAAAAAUUGGACCGGCUGAUUGCCAUUGGCGAGGAGGCCAGUGCUCAGCAGGACACAGCCAACGAGCUGCGCAGGGAUGCGGUGGUCGCCGUCAGACGCUUGGCCACAGCGGUGGAAGAGGCAACUGGUGCUUUCCAGCUAGGGCUUGAAAAGUUGCUUCAGAGCUCUGAUGAUCCACAGGCUCAGAAAUACAUCAGGGAUAGUAAAUGUUUAGUCAUUGAAAAAAAUGGGAAAUUACGAUAUGAAAUAGAUACUGGAGAAGAAAAGAAAUUUGUCAGCCCAGAAGAUGUUGCCAGACUGAUAUUUAGUAAAAUGAAAGAAACAGCACAUUCUGUCUUGGGCUCAGAUGCAAAUGAUGUAGUUAUUACUGUUCCAUUUGAUUUUGGAGAAAAACAAAAAAAUGCUCUUGGGGAAGCAGCCAGAGCUGCUGGAUUCAAUGUUUUGCGGUUAAUCCACGAACCAUCUGCAGCUCUUUUGGCUUACGGAAUUGGACAAGACUCCCCCACUGGAAAAAGCAACAUUUUGGUAUUCAAACUUGGAGGAACAUCCUUAUCUAUCAGUGUCAUGGAAGUUAACAGUGGAAUAUAUCGUGUUCUUUCAACAAACACUGAUAAUAACAUUGGAGGUACACAUUUCACAGAAACCUUAGCACAGUACCUAGCUUCUGAGUUUCAGAGAUCCUUCAAACAUGACGUGAGAGGAAAUGCCCGUGCCAUGGUGAAACUGAUGAACAGUGCUGACACUGCAAAACAUUCUUUGUCAACCUUGGGAAGUGCCAAUUGUUUCCUUGACUCAUUGUAUAAAGGUCAAGAUUUUGACUGCAAUGUGUCCAGAGCAAGAUUUGAACUUCUCUGUUCUCCACUUUUUAAUAAAUGUAUAGAAGCAAUCAGAGAACUCUUAGAACAAAGUGGAUUUACAGCAGAUGAUAUCAACAAGUUUGGAAGUUUUUAUAUUUUCACUAUUUUGCUGUAUGCUGUAAGAUGGAAAUUGCAUUUUUUUGUCUUUUGGUGGAGGUUUUCCCUUCAAUUUAUUAGUUCAGUUGUCCUUUGUGGAGGGUCUUCUCGAAUCCCAAGGCUACAGCAAAUGAUUAAAGAUCUUUUCCCAGCUGUUGAGCUUCUCAAUUCUAUCCCUCCUGAUGAAGUUAUCCCUAUUGGUGCAGCUAUGGAAGCAGGAAUCCUUAUUGGGAAAGAAAACCUUUUAGUGGAGGACGCUCUUAAGAUAGAGUGUUCAGCCAAAGAUAUUUUAGUUAAGGGAGUCGAUGAAUCAGGAGCCAACAGUUUCAAAGUAGUGUUUCCGUCAGGGACUCCUCUGCCAGCUCGAAGACAACACACGUUACAGGCUCCAGGAAGUAUAUCCUCAGUAUGUCUUGAACUCUAUGAGUCUGAGGGGAAACACUCUGCAAAAGAGGAAAACAAGUUUGCACAGGUUGUACUCCAGGAUUUAGAUAAAAAAGAAAAUGGACUACGUGACAUAUUAGCUGUUCUUACUAUGAAAAGGGAUGGAUCUUUACAUGUGACAUGCACGGAUCAAGAGACUGGAAAAUGUGAGGCAAUCACUAUUGAGGUGGCAUCUUAGUGUUUGAGAGAAACCACGUAUUUUUUAGAACUAAAAUAUCAACAUUAUUUGUUUUGUUUAUAAAUGGUGUUUAUAUUAAAAAACUUUUGGAAUGAA